AUGGAAAGAGGAAGAGGAGGAGGCGGUGGUGUUGUUGGUUUUGGCAUUGAAAAUUUAUCAAACAACCCUUCCAUAUAUCGACCAACUCCACCAUUAACAGCGGUGGACAGGUUCUUAUGGGGUCGAAGCUAUUUCUCACAGCAACAGACUCAAAAUAAUGUUAAGAGCAAUGAAACACAUGUUUCAACAAAUGGGUUUUAUGAUUUUAAUUCAUCCACUGGUGCAAUUGCUGGUGUUCCAUGGCCAUGUUUUCAAGAGAUAAACUUCGUUGAUACGCUUUUCGUUGAUGAAGAUAGUCUCAAUUGGACAUGCAAGAGAAACCCUAAUGCUGGUUUGGAAGAAGAAGUGAAGGUUUCAGCAAGGAUUUCUAAAGGGCAAGGAAAGAAAGCCAAGACAGGCUCUUGUCCAACUUUGAUCAAGGGUCAGUGGACAGAAGGAGAAGACAGGAAACUAAUUAUGCUGGUGAAGCAAUAUGGAGUCAGAAAAUGGGCUCAAAUAGCUAAGAAGUUGGAUGCUAGGGCUGGAAAGCAGUGUCGCGAGAGGUGGCACAAUCAUUUAAGGCCUGAUAUCAAGAAAGAGAGCUGGAGUGAAGAAGAGGAGAGGAUUUUGGUUGAAGCUCAUUCCAAGGUCGGGAACCGAUGGGCAGAGAUCGCAAAACUAAUUCCUGGAAGAACUGAGAAUUCUAUAAAGAAUCAUUGGAAUGCCACAAAAAGAAGGCAAAACUCAAGGAAAAGGAACAAGCAAACAAAGAAUCAAAUUGGAAAACCUCAGUCUUCAAUACUUCAAGACUACAUUAGAAGCAAGAACCUCAAAGAUCCUUUUAUUACUAAUGCUACUAUAAUUACCCCUUCCCAUAGCACAACUACAACCACCAAUACGCCCUCAAGCUCCACCACAUCAGAAGAUCCAUCAAGCCAAUUCAACUACUUUCUCCCUGAAUUAUCUGAAUCUACUGUGGAUGACUCUCCACCAUUAUUUUCUCAAACAUACGAUGAUGAGCUUCUCUUUUUGCAAAAUUUCUUCACUAACAAUUCUACGGAGCCAUUCGUAGAAAAAGUUCCAAUCAAGAAUCCAGUGGAAAUGGAAACCAGCUACAAUGUCGAUCUUCACCUAAAGGAUUCAUCGGUCUUGGACUCUCUUGGUUUAUAUCAAAACAAUGGUGAGCAGGUCACUGAUACAAGUGAUCAAUGUGGCUUCUUUGCUUCAACAUUGACGUCUCCAAAGACGCGCUCAAAUGGUGUCCAAGCAGAAGAGAGACCUACUGGCCACCUCUAUUCAGAUUUUUAUCUCUUUCAUUUACUGAAUGAAGCAAGCACUUGCUCGUCUUCCAUUGGCUAUGGAUAUGACAAUAUCAUGAACACGGAGUUGGUGAUGAAUCAAACUUUUUCAAAUGGGAAAAAAGAGAUGGAUUUGAUAGAGAUGGUUUCUUCUUCUCAAUUCUCUCAGACCGUAGCUUGUUAUGCAACCUCUUAUGUGGUUUAA